AUCUAUAUGAUAAUAUCCCCUCUUUGAAAUCCGGACAAAAGUUAAGAUACAAAAAAGUGUUUGUUAUUUCUAAAGCUGUAGUAGUCAAAACAAACACAUAAUAUCUCCCUUCAUCUUUUUUAAUUCCCAUCAUUUGAUCUGGAAAGUAAAGCUAACCCCAUUAAAGCCAACACACAAACAACUCAAAAACAUUCUUUCUUUCUUGUAUGUACUAAAGACACACCUCCAACAAACCAGCUCUAAAUUAAUUUUCUCUCAGCCUUUCUACCUUUUUUUGUUUUUUUUUUUGUCUUCUCAGAUUUAUGGAGACUACUCAAUGGUCGACGCAGGUGGAAAUCGGAGCUGUGAAAUCAUCGAUGGGUGCCGAAAUAGGUUCAAGGCCAGGUGGAGAAAUAAUUAAUAAGAAGGCGAGGCCAGUGAAGGAUGGAGCAAUAAAUUGUCCUAGGUGCAAUUCAACAAAUACAAAGUUUUGUUACUACAACAAUUACAGCCUGACUCAACCAAGAUAUUUCUGCAAGACUUGUAGAAGGUAUUGGACUGAAGGUGGAACUCUUAGGAAUGUUCCUGUUGGUGGUGGUUCUAGGAAAAACAAAAGAUCUUCUUCUUCCCAAAAAGUUCUUGAUCUGAACCCUAAUUUGAAUAGUCAUGUUCCAGAUCAUCAGCUUCAUCAAAACCCUAAUAAGAUUAAUAUUGUUGGAAGUACUAGCCAAGAUCUUAGCCUCGGGUUUCGAACUGUGCCACAUGAUCAUCAGACGUCGUUCCAUGGUGUCCUCCCUCAGUUUCUUGAAUUGCCAAAGAUGGAUGCCAGCAACAAUCAUCUAGGUAGCACACAAAUUUCAGCUCUGGAGCUGCUUAGGACUGGAAUUGCUUCAAGAGGGUUCACUUCAUUCAUCUCCUCACCAUCAACACCAGAUUUGAAUGCUUUAUACAGUACUUCAGGAUUUCCAUUUCAAGAAUUAAAGCUUAGUGGUGGUAAUACUCAUGAUCAUACAGCUUCUUUGAGUAAUUAUCCAAGUGGAGGGCCAGGGGUUCAAGAAAAUGGAGGUGCAAGAAUAAUGUUCCCUCUAGGAGGAUUGAAGCAACUUUCAAGUACAAAUGAAGCUGAUCAUCACCAUCAUCAGACAAAGGGACAGGAGAAUAAUAAUUCAAAUGCUGGAUUAUAUUGGAAUGGGAUGUUAGGUGCUGGAGGAUCCUGGUAAACCAAAGGAAUAAUAAUGUGCACAAAUCUCUUUUUUUUUUUUUUUUGGAACAAUUUUUUUCACGUGAGAUUACGUUGGGUAUGUUGUUGUACGAUGCUUUGGUUACCAGUAAUUUGUUUGGUGAUGUUUAAUUAGAACGAAGUACUAACAUAGAAGAUAGUUGAUCUCGUUCCAUUGUUGUUAAUUUGGUCUAUGAUUACUUUGAGGAAUUAAGCUAAGCUUGAUUGAAGUUAGCUUCUAGGGUUUCUGUAUUAGUAUGUAUUUAUUAUAUAUAUGAUCAUUAUAACUACCUUAA